AUGAAAAUCCCAGAUUGUUACAGAUCUUGUCAGCCAACCGAUGUGGUGUUUGUCAUUGACAGUUCUGAAAGUGUUGGCAAAAUGAAUUUCAGUCUUGCAAAAAAUUUUGUAAUCAAUAUUGCCAAUAGGAUUGGGAAGAUGGGCAAAAAUGCAUCUGAUCUCACAGGUUCUCGCUUUGGCGUGGUGCAAUACAGUCAUCAAGGGGCAGUCCAAGCCAUCAGAAUGGAUGAUCACAAUAUAGUCUCAAAAGCUACUUUUAUUUCUAAGGUGAAAUCAAUGGAGUGGCUGGCCGGUGGAACCUGGACCCCCUCAGCCCUGAAGUACACCUAUGACAAGUUGAUACGUCCAAAUGGAAGGGCUGUAAGCAAAGUGGUUGCAAUUGUAAUCACAGAUGGACGUUAUGACCCUAAAGACAUAGACAAGCUGGAGUCACUGUGUACUGGAGUGGAAGUAUAUGCCAUUGGUAUAGGGGAUAUAUUUAACAACAGCGCAGAAAGAAGGACAUUAGAAAAGAUAGCCUGCAAUGUUAAUCACAGGGUAAAGAAUCUGAGUUUUUAUGCUGAGCUAGCAGCUGAGGAAUUCCUGGACAACAUGGAGGCCGUGAUCUGCCCAGAACCUGAGAUCACCUGUCCAGAUCAGAUUUGCAAGCAAGCAGUGAGACUUGGAGCAUUAAUAGGUCGACCUGUGGACAUUGUGUUCUUUGUGGAUGGUUCAGAGAGAACGGGUAAGGAGAAUUUUGUGCAGGUACUGAGAUUUAUAAAGCACAUAGCAGAGGAACUGAUGCUUGCAGCAAAUGAAGAGGACUUAAGUGGGGCCAGAAUUGCAGUAAUCCAAUACGGAGAUGAAACUCAGCAAAAUGUGCUUGUAGAUUUCUCUUAUAACCUAACUCAUAUUCAGACAUUGCUUUCUAAAGCUGUAUACUAUGACUCAUCAUCCCAUAUUGGUACAGCUAUUCUUUAUGCCAUGAAAAACAUUGUGAAAAGUCAACCGGGUACACGUAUGGGUGCAAGAAGCACUGCAGAAGUGUCUUUUGUCUUCGUAACUGAUGGCAUGAACAGCAACAAGAAUUUUGCCCAGGCCCUGAGUUCACUUCGAGCUAAUAGCAUUGUAACAAGUGCAAUUGCUGUUGGCUCUGCUAUUAACCUGGAAAAACUUACUCAGUUGGCACUAAAAGAUAAUACAUCAUUGUUUAGGCUUACAACUUUUGACCAAUUAUUUGCCACACCGUUUCUCAGGAAUAUUGUGCAGUGGCUAGGAUAACCAGUAUAUUACUUUUUGUAUGGUGAUUUUUGUUCUUUUUUUUUAUGCAUGAAGAGAUGUAAACGUAUUGCCAUGUUAACACAUAUUCACUAAGUGUUUAUUUGCUUUAUCAAAAUCAAAGAGGAUACUUUUGUAGUAUCCAAUC